AUGUCUUUACCCCCACUCCCAUUCAAGGUAAAGACCGUCUACUCUUGGUCUGGUGAACAAGAAGAAGAUUUGGGUUUUGUUGAAAAUGAAAUCGUCGAUGUUUACUCCAUAGUUGAUGAUAGUUGGUGGAAAGGAAAAUUGAGAAGAAAUAAUGCAGAGGGUAUAUUCCCAAAGGACUUUGUUGAGAUAAUUGAAGAUUCAAUUCCUCAAUCUUCUUCAAGUCGAUCAAUCUCUCAAUUGAAUUCUAAACAAAAUACUCCAGUUAAGGACCAGGAACUUAGGUCAAGUAAAAAUGGUACUCCCAAUGGAUUCUAUAACAAGUCAAAGUUCCCAAAUAAAAAAAUCAAUCCUCUUAAUAAUGUGGAUUUGAAUAAUUCAUAUGAAGAUUAUGAUUAUAGUUAUGAUAACAGUUUUGAUAAUAGCUUUGGGCAUAUCAAUAGAUCUUCCAAUGGUUAUUCGCCUCAAAAAUUAAGGGGUUCGAAUAGUAAUUUAUCACCAAGAAAACAACAAAUUAAUACUCAAGAUGAUUUAAUCGAAGUUCAUACUCCAGCCCAGGCCCAAAAAGAGAAAGAAAAAGUUCAAAUUAAAAUGUUACAACAACAACAACAACAACUUCAACAGCAACUUCAGGAACAACAAAGACUCUUGAAAAAACAGCAGUAUGAUCAACAAAUUCGUACCCGUCAACAGCAGGACAAUUAUCGUAACUCAAUAGCAGUUACUCCUGAUUAUCACUAUAAUAACACUUAUGCAAAACAAAAACCUAAACAAAUGAAACAAAGACCAAUUUCUCAAUAUCAUCAAUAUGCUAAUAACCCUUAUGAAUUUAAUUCACCUGCUGGACUCAUGCCACAUUCUCCUCCUUAUCAAGAAAAAUCACACUCUUAUACCGAUGUUAAUGAGUUAAGUCCUUCAAAAAGUCCUUCAAAGUAUCAACCAGUUUUUCAAAAUAAUACAAUUGAAAGUUUCUCUCCUGAAGCUUCUCAUAAUCAAAAACGUAGAAAUGCUCAAAAAUAUUCCAAUCAUUACCAAAAAUUCUAUGAUCCAAUUUAUGAUACUGCUCCAGAAAUCGUAGAUGAUGGUCUAGAUGAUCCAGAGUAUGAAGAUCUUUUACUCGCUAAACAAAGAAUAGAAUUAGAAUAUCAAAGAAUUAAACAAUUAGAGAAAAGAAAGAAAACUGCUUUAAAAUCAACUCCUCCCCCUCCUCCAAUUCCAAAAUAUUCAGACCCAAUUUAUGAUCAUUCAGGAGAAUCCAGUUAUGUAAGUGAAGAUUUAUUAUCUUCGAAGAAGAAUCAAUCAAGAGAAAACUUAAGUAAAAAAUUGACCAAUUAUGUCACUGAUGAAGAUACUUACGAAAUUGACAAUAAUUUAUAUCGUGGUGCUUCUCCGCCCCCUCCACCUCCCCCAAAGCAUGGUUAUGGUAUUAAUGCUGGUAAUGGAUAUGAGCCUAUUGCUAACAUCAAUCAAAAGAGUCGUUCCAGAAUGCCUUAUGAUCCGAAUGAUUUUGAAGUAUCUCCUCUUAGACAACAGUAUUCUGAUGAUUUAUAUGGUAUCUCAGACAUGAGCCCAGAAGAUUUAAAACAAUCGAUCAAAUCAUUGCAAAGUGAUGUUUUAAACCUUUCAGAAUUAAGUGCAACUAGUGCAGGUUCUUUCAUGAGACAUAAACAAGAUAAACAAUUACAAAAUGCUGAUUAUAAAAUGCGUGGCUUAUCCUUGAAUGAAGAAGAUGAAGAAGAUAAAGACGAUGAAGACGAAGCUAGAGAUCAAAUGCCAGAUAGAGGCCUCAUGGAAUCAAUGUUCGAAGAUAAGAAAAAACCUAGUCUCUUUAAGAAAUUCUUGAAUAAGAGAAAAGGUGUAGAUAACUAUCUUGGAAUGGACGAUGAAAUGGACUGGGCCACUUUGAAAACAGAUUUAAAUCGUAUGAAUUCUUUGAGUACACACGAUAAGCAAUUAAGAACUAGACGUAUUGUCAGAGAAGAAUCUUCAAUUAUCAUCAAACCUUUGGACUAUAUCGGAGAAGCAAAUGUCAAUGAAACAACGGAACAAGUCGAUGACGCUGACCAAGUUAUUUCAGAUUUUGAAAAUGUCUCAUUCAAGAAAGCUGAUAAGUUCAUUUCUGCAUUUGAUUCAAAAAUUGAUAUCAAUGAAUUAAUAACUGAUAUCAGUGUUAAAUUUAAUUCUUCAAAAGUUAAUCAAAUUAGAUGCGUAUUAAUGCAUUUAUGUAAAUUUCGUAUCAUUGAAGAACCAAAUAAAAUCAUGCAAAUCAAACCAAAAUUGGCUGAAGUCUUAUAUAAAGGUGAAGCUUCCAUUUAUCAACUCAAUUAUCUUUUUAAGAAAAUUUUAGAUGCUUUGAGAAUUCGUUCGGAACUUGUAUUAGGUUUUUGGAAAAAACCAAAUGAAUACUAUCAUAUUGAGCAGUACGUGAUUAAUCACUGUUGGUUAUCUAUCGCUGUUGAAGGUAGAAUUUAUAUGAUGGAUUUAUAUUGUUUUAAAAAUGGUUCAGUGUUCAACUUGAAAAACCCUAGUCCUAAUUUCAAUGAACACUAUUUCUUGACAAAACCUAUGUGUUUAGUAUCCACUCAUAUACCUCCUAAUAUUGAUUUACAGCACGUAAUCCCACCUGUUGACCACAGUAUUGCUUUCCAUUUACCAAGACAGUACUCUGGAUUCCAUAGAAACAGAUUACAUAUUAGAAACUUUAACACAGCAUUAACUAUGCUUAAAGAUUUAGAAAUUUUUGAAUUCGAAAUUGAUAUUCCAACUGACGUUGAAUUAUUCACUUUGGUUAAAACCGCUAAAUUAACGACCAAUGAAUUAAGUUUAUGUCAAGUUUUCUGGAAGAAGAAUGAUAGAAUUGCCAAAAUCAAAGCAGUUCUUCCUGAAAAAGAAUCCAUUGGGGUAUUACAAGUUUUCGCUGGUCCUAAAGGCUUGCAAGAACAUUUUGAAAAUAUUCAUGAAUUAGCAGUAGUUAUUCCUUUAUCUCAUAAUGGUACUUCAAAACCAGGUAAAUUUGUUCCAAGGUUUCCAAGUAGCCAAAGUCAAAAUAAUGACUUGUAUAUCAAACAACCUCAAACUAAUAAAAUUGUUGCGAAAAAUUCCUACAAUUUUGAAGUCUUACAGCAUCCAUCAAAGGGCCUUAAUAGUGGAUCGGGCUUGAUGAACCAAGAUUUUAAACUUAUCGUCAAAUCUCCUUCUGGUAAGCAUUAUAGAUUGGUCAAGGAUGAUCCAUUGUCUUACGGUACUUAUGAAGUCAACAUCAAAUGCCAGGAAGUUGGUACUUACACCGGUUUGGUGAUUGGUGAUAGUGGCAGUAGUUGGACCGUCUUUGCGCAAUGGGAAUGUGUUAGCUCUAUAUAA